AUUUUCGAUAUUCAUUUUUCACCUUUGCUCUAGAUAACAUCACAUUUCAAGAUGACUGGCCGCGGCAAAGGAGGUAAAGGAUUGGGAAAAGGAGGCGCCAAGCGGCAUCGCAAAGUUCUGCGCGACAACAUUCAAGGUAUCACCAAGCCGGCCAUUCGUCGUCUUGCCCGUCGUGGUGGCGUUAAGCGUAUCUCUGGUUUGAUCUACGAAGAAACUCGUGGUGUCCUAAAGGUUUUUCUUGAAAAUGUCAUCCGAGAUGCUGUUACCUACACUGAGCACGCUAAACGCAAAACCGUAACUGCCAUGGACGUCGUCUACGCUCUUAAACGUCAGGGCCGCACCCUUUACGGAUUCGGCGGCUAAUCAUCUCGUCGAUAUUUUCUGCUCAACCUUAUUGUAACUUUUUCAUUUUCUGACUUGACAACGGCUCUUAUCAGAGCCACAA